AUGCGUGUCUUUGCACUCAAAGUCCCGCCAACGCUUCCCGAGGAGGCAAGUGACACCUUUGACCGCCUUCUGCACCACCUCCCCGAGCGCGGCGCCGACCGAGUGCGCAAGUUUCGACACGAAGGCGACGCCAUCCGCUCCAUUGCAGGAAGGCUUCUGCCGACAUGGUACCUCCGACACACUGGCCUUGUGCCCGCACCCACCAACCCCGAGUUCAAGCACGGCCCGCGUGGCAAGCCAUAUCUCUCCUCACCUGUGCUCGAGCCCCGGAUAGACUUCAACACGAGCCACGAGGGCGAGUAUGUCCUGCUUGCUGUUGUGAGCGGGGACGGCGCGGAGAGUGUCGACGUCGGUGUCGACGUGAUGGACCUGCCGACUGACCCCGACGAGCUGGCGGAGUCGAUUGACUAUCAGCUGGUGACAAAGGAGAAGCUCCACCUGGCCGGGACUUCUGGGAAGAUCAAGGCCAAGCUCCUCACGACGCUGUGGACAAUAAAGGAGGGCUACACCAAGGCGACGGGCGACGGCAUCAGCUUUGGCCUCGACCGCAUCGCUGUGGACCUGGGAGAUGGGUCUGUUGCUGGAGUCAAGGUUGACGGGAGAGAUAUCGGCGAGAACGGAUAUCGCUGGGCUGUUGGCAGCCUCGACGCCGGCGCGUACGGGUACGCCGUAAUCUGGCGUGGAGACCCGGCACCGCAAGGCGUGCAGGUCGAGACGCUUCUGUGGGAGGAGUUUGUCCGUGCGUUCAUCGGGUCGGCCGGUGGGUGGUGA